CCGUUGUCGGUCUGCGCGCCCAAACGUUUGGACUCGUUCCCGUCCAAGUCCGUCUCCUAUAAUAAGGUGAAGGGGUGUUGGUUGUUGUUGUAAUACAUAUAUAUAUAUUUGUGCAAAAAAAGUUUUAAUUUUCAAUUUUUUGACAAGAUUUUAUUUUUUAACUUAUUAAAUAAUGCCAGUAUUACUAGUAAUAUUAUGAUCUUUUUAUGAUAUUAUUCAUAUUUUACAUCAUAUAUCAUGGGCAACAAAUGCUGUAAAUGUCAAUCAAACUAUAGCAGUGUAAAUGGAACAGUUGCUUCUUUUUCAUCUAAUAAUUCUUCGACUUCUCGACCAAAAGCAGAAAAUGCUCUUACUUUUGAAUCUAUACCACAACAAUCUUUGAGGAGCCUUGAUGUAAAAUCGGGCAAUUAUUCAACUUUUUGUAAAAAUCAUAGGUCAGGUUCUUCAAGCAUGUCUAGUCAAGAAAUAGCAUCCCCUCCAAUAUUUCUUAGACGUCUUAAUGAUUUGCAUAUACGUGUCGGAGCUCGAACAAGGUUGCUUAUUGAAAUAGAAAAUCCUAUUGAUGUCCAGGUCUAUUGGUUUAAAAAUAAUCAAGCGGCUAAAAGUGAGAGGUUUCAAUUCAUACACGAAGGAGGAUUUUUUUGUUUAGAUAUCGUUCCAGUAUCACUGGAAGACGAAGGCUUAUGGGUUUGCACGGCUCAAAAUUCAUUUGGGAAAUCAUCUACGGCAGGACAAUUAAUAUUAACUGUUCCAAAAGCAUUUAAAAAACCUAUAUUUGUAGAAGAAUUAAAAGCAAUAUUAACACAACAAGGCAUAGUUUCUUUAGAAUGUAAAGUUAUUGGUGUUCCUACACCGAAACUACGUUGGUUUAAAGAUGGAUGUGAAGUAAAAGCUGGUGAUAUAUUUGCAUUAACAGCAAAUUCCGAGGAUGAUUGUUUAGGGAUAUAUACAUGCGAAGCAACAAAUGUAAUGGGUAUUGCGACUUCUACCUCUAAAAUACUCGUGACUCACACAAAACUUAGCGGUGAAUAUAAUUCAGAUAGUAUUAUACCAUAUGGUCCACCACCAGCAUUUUUAAAAGGAUUAGAAAAUUUAACUGGUAAAGUUGGACAUGAAUUAGUCUUAAAAUGCCAAGUUGAGGUUCCACCAUGGCCAAAAAUUAUUGGAUGGUAUAAUGAUAAUGGAUUAAUAGAAGAAGGACCUUUAUAUCAUUUAAUUGCCGAUGGACUAGGAAUGUAUGGAGUUGAAAUAAAAGCUCUUAGAGCUGAUCAUAAUUCCACAUGGAAAUGCGUAGCUACCAGUUCAACUGGAGCCAAGGCUGUAACAACUUGUAGGAUAACUGUAUCUUAUCCAAAAAAUUAUAGAGUUCCAAGAUUUUUAGAAAGCUUAAGAGCUAUUAUGACUGAUGAAGGCAUGGUUAGUUUUGAAUGUAAAGUUAUUGGCUACCCAACACCUCAAUUAUUGUGGUAUAAAGACGGAAAACAACUUCAACCUGGAGAUGUUUACGAGCUGAUAGGAAGUAAAUCUCUAGGAAAUUAUUGUUGUUUGGCACAAAAUUGUAUGGGAGAAGCAAGUAGUUACGCUGAAUUAACAGUAGAAGAUAUUCAAAAUCAACUGAAUGAAAAUGAAAAACUUCAACUUACUUCAACAACACAACCGCCAAGGUUUAUUAUAGGUCUCAAAACUAUUGAAGCUAAUAUAAACGAAUCAUUUGUGUUUACAAUAAAAGUAACUACUGAACCUCAAACUUCAAUAAAUUGGUAUAGAGAAAAUAAUUGUAUUACCGAAUCAGAUCAUUAUAAAAUGUUAAGCGAAAUAAAUGGCACCCAUUCUUUAAAUAUUGAACCUCUAGAAAUAAUUGACCAAGCAGAAUGGAAAUGUGUGGCGAUUAAUAAAUACGGCCAAACUGUAACUUCCUGUUUUUUAAAACUUAAUGUGCCAAAAAAUUUCAAGCCCCCGAAAUUCUUAGAAGAAUUAAGAAUUGCUUUUUCAAAUGAAGGAUCUGUCAAUUUAGAAUGCAAAGUAAUCGGUGUUCCUCAACCUCAAUUGAAAUGGUUUAAAGAUGGUCAACCACUAAAUCCUGGAGAUAUGCAUAAAAUUAUUUCUGGGCAAGGAGGAAUGUGUUGUUUGGGCACGUAUACUUGUCAAGCACACAAUUGCAUGGGAACAACAACUAGUUCUGCAACAUUAAUGACAAUUGAAGACAAGUCUACAGUUAAAACUUGUAAUACAGAUGAAUAUUUAUCUGUUGAAAAUCCUCUUGUUCGAAACGAAUCUUUAUCAACAAUACUCGAAGAACGAACGAGUCAAAUGGAAAAGUCAUUUACAAUUGAAGAACCUGCUGAUGUGUCAUUUUCAUUUGAUGGCAAAGAAGUUACAGUUUCACUUUACGAAACCCCAGACCUUUCUCAUGACGAAGCACUACAAAUCAUAGAAAUGUACGCUGAUGAACUAUCUGAACAUAUAUCAGAGGAUAAUGUUGUCGACUUGCCAUCACUUCGGAUUGUUAAAGAGUCAUCUAUAUCAGGCCAUGUGCUAAUGGAAGCGUUGGUAAUCGAUGUUCCAGUCGGAUUUUGUAGACAAUUAACUGUUUCUGAUACAGAUUUGGAUGCUUUUACUAUAACAGAAGAUACAACUUUACCACUUUGUGACAAGCGAGAUAGUUUGUUUGAAAAUAGUUCAGAUUUUUUUUCAGAUCACAAAUCGUCUAGUAUCUCCAAAAAAGAUGUAUUCUUUAGCGCUAGUGAAAGAACACCCAAAAAUUCAUCUGACUUACAUAGACUAUUAUCAGAAGAUAAUGAUAAUACUGAAUAUCAAACACAAAAAAUAUUCAAAUCAGAAUUAGAAAAUCAAAUUGUAUCUCAAAUAAAUGUCGACAAUGAACAAAAUAUUGGUUCUACACAACAGGUUUUACGAACGUUGGAAAGAGCUGAAAGUAAUAAUACUGAAGAAGAAGUCACUGAAUCCCUUGCUGAAGUACCAUUACUUGAUAACUAUUACACGGCUGAAAUUCUGGCACAAUCCGAUGAAGAUGGUUUAUAUUCAACAGUUUUGAAUAAAAUACGAGGUAAAGAUGCAACAACGUUAUCAUUAAGCACAGAAGAAGAUAACAUAUUAAAGAUAAUUUCAAAGCCUAAUGUUGAAGAAUUUUUAAAAUGCAUGAAAAUUAUAUUAGAAGGAACAACGGUAAAAAUGAGUUCAUUUGAAAAUAUUAACUAUGUUAUUAUUCCAAAAGAUCUAAAAUAUGCGAUACAAUCUCUUCACACUUUAGCAUGGAGAUUCGUUCAAGAAGCUGAAAAUAGUAACAAAGUUGAGUUAAAUAAAACAACUAUGGAAAAUGUCUCAUAUUUAAUGACAGCUAUCAAUGCGGGUCUGUUAGGGUUAGAACAAUUUGAGGAUCCUUUUGGAAUAUCUGAUACCUUAUUUAAUAAAAUUCAGUCUUCAGGUAACUUUGAUUUCGAUGUGCUUAAUAAUGAAAAAAUGUCCGCACAAGAAAUUUUGGAAUGUAUAUCAAAAGAAAUUAAAGUUUUUACAGCAAACAUAAAUCGUCAAAUAACACAAAUAAUAAAUCAAAGAGUUAUCGCAGUUAUACGAAGUACAAUUGGUACAACUUUAAUUUAUAUAAAAACAUUACAACAGCAAUCAUUUAAAUUAAAAACUAUUAAUUCAAGAACGCUAGCACCAUUAUUUUCUAUGAUUCAACCACUUGAAAUAAUUUUAAAUGAUAUAACUAUUGAAGAAGUUUCUGCGAGUAAUAGUCUAACUGAUAUAAAAAUAAGAAAGAGAUUAAUUCCACAAAUUAGCUCAAUAGCAUUUUUAUUGAAUAAUUUCAGUUUAGAAUUUCAAAAUGAAAAUUUGGAAGAAGAUCAAGAUUUAAAAAAUAUUUGUGAAAGAAUCAGUGAUGCUGCAAAUCAAUUUUCAUGUUUUGCAUCUCAAGGUACAAAAAAUAAUAAUUUAGCCGAGUGUUUUAUAUUAUUCACUAAACCAAUAAAUGACUUAUGUUGUCAUUUAAGAAAACUUGGUAGAUCAACAGAAAAUAUAUUGUCAUCUGAUUAUGGAUCAGAUGAUAAACUCUUAAUGGAUUUUGAAACUCUAUUUGAUGAACUCAUGAUAGAUAUUGAUACAUUACUAAAUAAUGUUAACACAGUUCGAGAUUACGAAAAUAACAUUAACCCUCUUGGAAAUUUAUUGGAGCCACUACAAGAUUUGAAAAUAGGAUUGUUCCAAGUAAACCAAUUGCUUCUUGCAAAUCACAAUUGUUCAAAUAUGAGUUACGAAUUUAUUGCUUGUUUCGAAAAUUUAUCACAACAACUUCUACAAUUAAACAAUUGUAUAGUUAACCAAUCUAUUGUAGAAGAGGCUGAUAAAGAAAUACCUUUUGAAUCGUCAAUUAAAAUGAUGCAGAGCAUUCUUUUUGAUGACACAAUUAAAGAUUUAGGAGUCAAUGAUGUUAUGUUUGGUAAUGUAAUGAAGCCAUUAUUACAUUUGCAAAAUCUUAUUGUAACAAAAAUGGCAUCUGUUGAAAGUGAUAUAAGCUUUUCAGAAAAAGCCGAUCUUCAAAGUGAAACAUACAGCACUCAGUCCAUCAACUUAUCAUAUAUAGCUAAUGAAAAUGAUAAAUCUGAGAACGGAUAUUUACAAAAUGAAAAAAAUAGUACCUCUUCAAAAGAAAGCAUAUGUCCAAUAACAGUGAAAAAUAAUGAACUAGUAACAAUAAGUGAAGCAAAACAAAUUACAACAAAUGAUCAAUUAGAACAAAAAUCUGAUGUAUUAGAAACAUCAAAAUCAUUUGAAAAAGCAAAUGAAAUUAAUAAUGCAAAUGAAAUAAAAAAUACCGUUAAAAUUUCAACUGUUGAUAUAAAAACAUCAAAAUCCACUGAUGAAUCAGAGAUUUCUGAACUAAUUGAAAAAACAAAACCCACCAUUGAUGAAGUUAAUCAAAUAACAACCCUUGAUCAAUUUGAUAAAACAUCUGAUGUAUUAGGAACAUUAGGGAUAGGUGAAAAAGCAGAUGAAAUUAUUAUUACAAAUGAAAUAGAUAAUACAGUCAACAUUUCAACUGUUGAUACAAAAACAUCAAAAUCCACUGAUGAAUCAGAGAUUUCUGAACUAAUUGAAUACACAAAACCCACAAUUAAUGAAGCUAAUGAAAUUAAAACUCAUGAUCAACUAGAACAAACAUCGGAUGUAUUAGAAACAUUAGGGAUAGGUGAAAGAGCAGAUGAAAUUAAUAUUGCUAAUGAAAUAGACAAUACCGUCAAAAUUUCAACUGUUGAUACAAAAACAUCAAAAGCCACUGAUGAAUCAGAGGCGUCUGAACAAAUUGAAAAAACAAAACCCACCAUUGAUGAAGCUAAUGAAAUUAAAACCCAUGAUCAACUAGAACAAACAUCUGAUGCAUUAGAAACAUUAGGGAUAGGUGAAAAAGCAGAUGAAAUUAAUAUUGCUAAUGAAAUAGAUAAUACCGUCAAAAUUUCAACUGUUGAUACAAAAACAUCAAAAGCAACUGAUGAAUCAGAGGCGUCUGAACUAAUUGAAAAAACAAUACCCACACUUAAUGAAGCUAAUGAAAUUAAAACUCAUGAUCAACUAGAACAAACAUCUGAUGUAUUAGAAACAUUAGGGAUAGGUGAAAGAGCAGAUGAAAUUAAUAUUGCUAAUGAAAUAGACAAUACCGUCAAAAUUUCAACUGUUGAUACAAAAACAUCAAAAGCCACUGAUGAAUCAGAGGCGUCUGAACAAAUUGAAAAAACAAAACCCACCAUUGAUGAAGCUAAUGAAAUUAAAACCCAUGAUCAACUAGAACAAACAUCUGAUGCAUUAGAAACAUUAGGGAUAGGUGAAAAAGCAGAUGAAAUUAAUAUUGCUAAUGAAAUAGAUAAUACCGUCAAAAUUUCAACUGUUGAUACAAAAACAUCAAAAGCAACUGAUGAAUCAGAGGCGUCUGAACUAAUUGAAAAAACAAUACCCACACUUAAUGAAGCUAAUGAAAUUAAAACUCAUGAUCAACUAGAACAAACAUCUGAUGUAUUAGAAACAUUAGGGAUAGGUGAAAGAGCAGAUGAAAUUAAUAUUGCUAAUGAAAUAGACAAUACCGUCAAAAUUUCAACUGUUGAUACAAAAACAUCAAAAGCCACUGAUGAAUCAGAGGCGUCUGAACAAAUUGAAAAAACAAAACCCACCAUUGAUGAAGCUAAUGAAAUUAAAACCCAUGAUCAACUAGAACAAACAUCUGAUGCAUUAGAAACAUUAGGGAUAGGUGAAAAAGCAGAUGAAAUUAAUAUUGCUAAUGAAAUAGAUAAUACCGUCAAAAUUUCAACUGUUGAUACAAAAACAUCAAAAGCAACUGAUGAAUCAGAGGCGUCUGAACUAAUUGAAAAAACAAUACCCACACUUAAUGAAGCUAAUGAAAUUAAAACUCAUGAUCAACUAGAACAAACAUCUGAUGUAUUAGAAACAUUAGGGAUAGGUGAAAGAGCAGAUGAAAUUAAUAUUGCUAAUGAAAUAGACAAUACCGUCAAAAUUUCAACUGUUGAUACAAAAACAUCAAAAGCCACUGAUGAAUCAGAGGCGUCUGAACAAAUUGAAAAAACAAAACCCACCAUUGAUGAAGCUAAUGAAAUUAAAACCCAUGAUCAACUAGAACAAACAUCUGAUGUAUUAGGAACAUUAGGGAUAGGUGAAAAAGCAGAUGAAAUUAUUAUUACAAAUGAAAUAGAUAAUACAGUCAACAUUUCAACUGUUGAUACAAAAACAUCAAAAUCCACUGAUGAAUCAGAGAUUUCUGAAAUAGUUGAAGAAACAAUACCCACAAUCAAUGAAGCUAAUCAAAUAACAUCUCAUGAUCAACUAGAACAAACAUCUGAUGUAUUAGGAACAUUAGGGAUAGGUGAAAAAGCAGAUGAAAUUAUUAUUACAAAUGAAAUAGAUAAUACAGUCAACAUUUCAACUGUUGAUACAAAAACAUCAAAAUCCACUGAUGAAUCAGAGAUUUCUGAAAUAGUUGAAGAAACAAUACCCACAAUCAAUGAAGUUAAUCAAAUAACAUCUCAUGAUCAACUAGAACAAACAUCUGAUGUAUUAGAAACAUUAGACACAUUUGAGAAAGCAGAUGAAAUUAAUAUUGCAAAUGAAGUAGAUAAUACUAUCAAUAUUUUACCAGUUGAUACAAUUUCUUUGAAUUUAAUCAAUGAAUCACAUUCUACUGCCGGAAACGGUUUAGAAAUUUCUUUGAGUAGUAAUCAGUUAAUACAAGAAAAAUCUAUUUUGCUAAUUAUAGAUAAUGAAUCCAACGAAUCUAUACAUAAAUCUGAAGUGGAAAUUAUUGAGAUUCCUAGAACUAUUGAUGCUAUCAUUUUAAAAUUACAGGACUCCUGUGAUGGAAUAAUUACAGCUGAAAAUAAUUCUGGAAUAGUCGAAAACUCAGAAGUAUUUGAAAAUCAUUUGAAUAUGUGUAAUAGAGGAGAGUUAUUGUUUUCAGAAGUUGAUAACGAAAAUAGUGAAUCUUGUUUAUCUAUUUCAAAUAAUUUAUCAGAGGAUGAUUUCAGUGAACAUUUUUAUAGUUUAGAUGAUACCACUGAACAAUUACCUGUAGCAACAACUAAAGAUAAAUCAGAAACUGAGAUAAUUUUAAGUAUACCUAAUGAGAAAUUUUUCGAAAUGGACAAUGAAGAAGUUAAUGAAAAUAUAAUAGAUUAUUCUAAAGGAAUUUCAUUAAAUAUUCCAUAUAUAUAUCAUUUUAAUGAAAAAAAUUCCUCAUUAAACAAUGAAUGUAUCUUGUUAGAUAAUUUAAAUGACUUUGAUGAUAGUUUAAAUAGUUGUAAUUUAAUCUCAUUUGACAAUGCAACUAUAAAAUCAGAUAUAAAUAAUGCAGCAAUUAGUUGUCAACCAUUAGUAUUUGAAAAUGUCCAGGACUGCGAAUUUAAUCAAUUUAGUCAAAAGAGGGAGUCAAUUGAACCAGUUUUUAUUAAUAAUUUGAUAGGUAACGUGAUGGUUAAUGAAAAUAAUAUUAUUAACGGAUCAGCAUUUCAAGACGUAAAAUCUUCAGAAUCCUUACAACUGGGAUCAAGAUAUACCUUGAAUAACAACGAUGAAACAUUAUCAAAUAUGAAUAAAUUAGUAUUACUAAAUGCAAAUAAAGAUAUGCAAUCAAGUUUAGAUUAUAAAUUACCAAAAUGUGAAAAGUAUAAUAUAGAUUCAAAUGAAAUAUGUAAAAAUAAAAAUAUGACAGAAAAAUCAUCAAUUAAAAAAAAAAAUAAUUCAGAAAUGGAUAAAACUAAUAAUGAUUCGAAUAGAAACGAUGAAGUUGCUAGAUAUCAAAUAAAAGAUGAUAAAGUAAAAAAUAAUGAAAUGAAUGUUUGUGAAACAAAUAAAAUGAAUAUAGAAAAAGACAUUUCUGGAAAAAGUAUUAUAAAAAUUUCUGAAGUCAAUAGAAUUAAUACUAUUUUACCUAGUGCAACCAAAACACAGAAAACCCAUGAAAUACAAUCAAACAUAAACAAUAAAUUAAUAACCAUCAAAUUAAAAAAUGAAAAUAAUACUAAUGAAAACAAAAUUAUUGAUGAAGGAAUGAUAGAAGAUAAAAAUACGACUGAUAAAAAAAGAACAAGGAAAAAGUCGGAUAAUACUGAUAAUAAUAUUCUUCAAAAUAAUUCACAAUUACAAAAUCUACAAGAGGAGAGCCAAAAUCCUGAAAGAAUUUCAAUAAAAAAAAUAGAAAAGUCUUCUCUCUCUCAAAAAUUAAUUAAUUUUGAUUCAAAAAAUGAAACUCUUUCUGAAAUAUUAGCUAUAGAUAAUAAAAAAGAUUCAAUAGGUGUAAUUAUUUCUAGCGAUUUGAAUGUUUAUAAAAAUAAAAUAAUUGAAAACAAUGAUAAUAUUUUGGAAAGAGAUGAGACUAUGAAUCUAAAUAUAAAUAGAUCAAAUGGUUUUUACAAUUCGGGAUCAAAAAAUUAUAAGGUUAAUUUAGACAACAAUAAAAUAAGUUAUGGUAAGAAUCAAUUGAUAUUACAAAAACCCAAUCUAGUUAUUAGUUUCGAUGAUUCAAAUUUGAAAUGCACUGAAAAUGAGUCAAUGCAAUCUAUAUUAAAAUUAAAUACUACAGACACAGGAAAUCAUGGUCCAAAUACUAAAGUAAAUCACUUUACAGUCAGAAAUGCAGAAAUGAAAAAACAAAUAAUAAAUGAAAAAAAUGUAACUUCUAAAAGUAGAUUAGUUAAUGAAAAUUUUGAUAGAAUAUCAUGUAGAAUGUCAGUCCCACUUGAUGUUAAGGAGAGAUCUCCAUUUAGAAAUUUUGAUAGUGUAAUUAAACCUUGUAAUCAUUAUGAAUCAAAUAGAUUUGGUAUUCAUUUAAAUGUACACAAUAACCAUAAUAGUUGCUCAAGACUAUUAAAAUAUAGAUCACUCACGCCUGAAAUAACAUCUAAUGAAGAGAAAUAUUCUUUUUCUAGUGAUAAAGAUUUGCAAAAGAACAUAAGUAAUAGAUCACAAAGUCCUUACAACAGUACUAGAAUGUCAUAUCACACUGAUAGCUACAAAAGUAUGAGUAAUAAAUCACAUUCUAGACAAUCAAAUAGGUAUCUUUCAGAUACAGCGCUUAAAUUUAGAUCUGAUGAUAAUUACUCUUACUCGUGUCAAGGAAUGAGAAGAAGAGUAGGCUCAGAUAGUUAUCUCUAUCGAUUAGAUAAACAGGACAAAUAUUACCACACUAGAUGGAGGGUAGUUAAUAGUUCAUCUAUUUCAACAAUCAAGUGGAAGGAUGACUUCUCUCAAAGCAAAGAACUAUUUAGAAGACUUUAUUUCUGCGUCCGUUUGAUUGAUCAAAAUGUACCAUUUGGUUCAAGAGUGAAGUUCUGGUGUUGCGUAACAGGUUUUCCAGAACCUAAAGUUGAAUGGUACAGAGAAGGUCAAAAGUUAAAUAACUAUACUUAUAAUGCUUCUAUGAGAUAUCAAACAAAAUAUGACAAUGGUAUAGCGCAAUUAGUUAUUGAAAAUGCUCAAAAUUGUGAUACUGGAGAAUACACUUGCGUAGCAAUGAACACACAAGAUAGAGUUACUACUAGAGCGUUUCUUACAGUAUACACAUCUCCAACAGUAUUUGGUGCAUCAUUAAUAACUAGACAACUAACAUCAUCUUUUUCUAACAAUGGCUAUAAAUCAAAGUAUUUUGAUAAAUUACAUGUAUGGAACAGCGAUGAUUUACGAUUAAAAACAAAAUAUGACUGGCACUCAUUAGAUGAGAUAUCGAAAUAUCCCAAAUUUAUAAGUUCUAUACUUGCAGAUGAUGUUGCAACAUAUGGUGGUACAAUUGCUCUUCAAGUAAAAGUUCAAGGAUCACCAAUGCCUAAUAUUACUUGGUCAAGAGAAUCAAAACCAUUACCACUAAUAUCUAACAAAUACAUAUAUCUUGAUGAGGGUAAUUUAUACACGCUAUUAGUGAGAGAAAGUACUGUCAAUGAUAGCGGUACAUACAUAUGUAGAGCUUGUAAUUUAUACGGAAGUGUCCAUUUGGAGAAGCACAUCAAAGUAGUUUCACAACAAGAUUUUGCUGGUCACAGAGGUGUAAAGCCUGCAAUUAUUGUAUCGAAACCAAACAGUCGUUUGAGUGUCACCAUUGGAGAAGACAUAAACAUUUCCUUUAGAGUUGCAGGAGAACCCAAACCACAAGUCAUUUGGAUGAAAGGAGCUAAAGACAUUACGUUUUUAGAUAGAUCAUCAAAAGAAACUGUAAAUGAUUAUGUUAAGUUAUCUAUAAAAAGAGCACAGCUAUCUGAUGCUGGAACUUAUUUUAUUAUUGCUAAAAAUGUUUAUGGAUCAGAUAGAAUAUUUGUGACAGUUGGGGUCAGGAAACGAGCAAGAUCAUUGACUCCACCAAGGACCGGGGUAACAAAUAUCAGUUGGUCUAAGUAUUUUCACAUCUAUAGUGAUAUGAACGAAGUUCCGGGCCCUAUUAAAGGUAUACCGAGAGUAUCAGAUAGGGGCAAGAAUCGAAUAUCACUUGAAUGGGAUAAACCUGAAAAAAAUGUUGCAGUUUUAGUGUACAAGGUGGAAGCCUGGUCAGAUAAUGAAGGUCUAUGGAAAGAAGUUGGCAUGACUUCCUCAAAUAAUUUGGAUAUAUAUAAUUUAAAACCCAAUACAGGAUACAAGUUUCGAGUAACAGCUAGGAAUAGAUUUGGCUGGGGAGAGUCAAUAUCGACGUCAAAUUACAUAGAUAUUUUUGAACCCGAACACUUACCAGAAUUUAUUCAACCCUUACCAGGAGAAACUAAAGUUUUAAUAAAUGACAACAAAAUACUGCAUUGUCACGUACAAGGCUCACCAAAACCUCAAGUAGUGUGGUUUAAAGACGGUGAGUUGGUGACAGAAAAAUAUUGUCAAGAGUACACUGAAAAAGGUAAAUGUACAUUAACAAUAACUAAUGCUACUGACGAAGACAAUGGGCGUUACGUAUGUGAAGCGACCAAUAUUCAAGGAAGAAUCUGUACAUAUUCUGUUGUUGAAGUAAUCGCUAAUCGACAAAUUGUGCAAGCUGAACAAAAGCUUCACGAGUGUUUAUUAAGAGAUAAUGAAUAUAUAGAGAAUGCACCUAAUUUCACAAAAAAAUUAAUUAACCGUCGUGUUGACGCGAACGAAACUGUUCGAUUGUCUUGUCAAGUGACUGGACUACCAAUACCAAUUGUAACGUGGAAUAAAGAUGGUCAACAAAUAACUUCAUCGACAGAAAAUGUAAAUAUAACUCAAGAUUCAGAUAAUUUUUGUUCUUUAGAACUUAUUAAUGUAAAAGCGAGCAGCAGUGGGUCUUACACAGCAACAGCCACAAAUAAAUUGGGAUCGUCUUUUACUAAUUGUCUGCUUGAAGUAAUUAUUAAACACAGGGGCGAUCCUCCUGCGCCAGAAUUUAUAUAUAAUUUACCCGCGGAAUUAAAAGUGACUGAUGCUUUAGCGCUGCGUGCCCAAGUAGAUUCAUUCCGUCCGAUUAAAGCAGAAUGGUUCAGAAAUGGAGUUUUGUUAAGAAAUGGACGUAGGGUUGAUAUUGUUGCAGAUCAUGAAGGUAAAUUAGAGCUAAGAAUAGCAGAGGCCACAACACGAGAUACUGGUGUUUAUUUGUUGAAAGCGUCAAAUGAUGUUGGUACGGUAGAAAGUUUUUGUGACGUCAUUGUAAUUGACCGUAAACACAAGGAUUUUGGUGACAUACCUGUUUUGUCAUCGGCAGGAUUGUAUUCAAAAAAACCAAAAUUUGUUGUUAAGCCAAAAUUUCAAGAGAUUGAAGAAGGAAGUGAGGUAAUUAUAGAUUCUGAAAUCGUGGGCGAUCCAACACCAAAGAUCACUUGGCUUCGAGAUGGAUUAAAGCCUGAAUACUAUCGCGACGGAUCGGAGUUUGUGUGCCUGUCGUCCGGAAGUCGAUACCAGUUGAAAAUACCUCACGUCAAAAUCAGUCACACGGGCACUUAUACUUUGCUGGCAUCCAAUACGCAUGGCGAAAUCAAAACGCUGAUAUCACUUCAGGUGUAUUCGGCAGGACACGGCAAAAAAAAUAUUAUGGAAAAUGGAAUCAACCGCAAAACAACUGUUGAAAGAUUACCAAGAAUAAGCCGACCGUUAGUGGACGUUGUGUGCUCAGAGAACGAUAUCGUAUCGUUUGAAUGCAAAUUGAACAUCACUCCGGAAGCAGAUAUUAAAUGGCAAAAAGACGGCAAAUUGGUUAGAUUAGGAAAAGAAUUUAAAUCCGAGUUAGUUAACGGUGACACGGCUCGUCUUGAAAUAACCAAAGUCAACCCUUCGCACGUCGGUGUCUACACUUGCACUGCCUACAACGAAUUAGGCCAAGACUCGACGUCGGCUCGUUUGAAAUUAUUAGAUUCUGAUGAAACAAAUUCAAGUGAUUUGUUAGACGCACAGAAAAACACUAUGAUAAGUUCGCCUAUACUCGCUGGCGAAUGCAAUGAAAGGAGCUCAAGAAGAUUAAAACGGAGUAGUGCCCCGAAAUUUUACGCUGUGCUCCAUGACAAGAUUGUCGACGUGGGAGAUACUGUUCGGUUCCAGUGUAGUGUAUCGGGUUAUCCUCCACCUUGGUCGUCAUGGAAAAAAGACGGCGAACCUAUUGGAAUAAGCAGUAGAAUAAGAAUUCGAGAAGACGACGAUUUUAGGUCUUUGGAAAUAUGUGACAUAAUCCCCGAAGAUGCCGGUCUUUAUACGGUGACAGUAGAAAACAAGUACGGCAAGAUUCAAACAUCAGCCAAACUCCAAGUACUACCAAGUCACGAUGUUCGAAACGACGUCGAAAUAACCACGAAACAUACUCCACGGCCUAACGAAGGUAGAAAGCAGUCAGGGUCUACGGCUUGUACUGGGGAUAGUUUCACGUUGAGCUGUGACAUUAGAGGUAACUCUAUGUCAGAUGUAACCUGGUACAAAAAUGACGAAGAGAUCAUACCCAAUGAUCGAAUUACCACUAAUAGGGACGACCUAGUUGCCAGAAUUUCGAUUUCAAACUUACAGUCCGACGAUACGGGUGUGUAUACUUGUAUAGCGAAAUGUGAAUCCGGAGUAACUAAAUGCUCUUCAGAAUUAUCCGUGUUUGAUGCAAACACAGCCAAAGAUCCGUACUUAAAGCCUCCAAUAUUUGUCGAGGGUCUUGUUCCUAAACUAAUAACUCGAGAAGGUGAAAAAAUCGAGUUGCCUGUAAAACUUCAAGGUGCAGUUCCUAUGAGUGUAACAUGGUUCAAAGACGAUAUACUCAUCCCAGAUUGUAACGACUUCACUUAUGUUACUAAAGAAAAUGGAAUUUUUUGUCUAGCUAUAGCGGAUCCUUUUAAUGCAGACAGUGGUCUAUAUAGUUGUAAAGUUAUGAACUGUUAUGGUGAGGCAAUUUCAUAUGGUGAACUUCAAGUAAACGAAAUCACUCCUGAAAUCGCCGAACAACAAAAAAUAACGAUGGAAUAUAACAAUAAUGUGAGCUUGUCGGAAAAAUCUGAUUAUGCUCCUCGAGAUCAGAUCAAUACAUUGCCGGCCAACAUUCUCUGGGGACCGUGCGACACGACUGUAAUGCGUGGCGCUCGAGUGGUCUUGGAAACUUCAUAUGCCGGCAAACCUGAACCACUCAUACAAUGGCUUAGAGCGGGCAAAAUAUUAGAAUCAAACGAACACUUGUGCAUUAGCAACACGGACGGAAUCUCUAGUUUGACCAUCGAGUCCAUCACAGCUGAUGAUUGCGGAAAGUACGCAGUCCGUGUCGACAACGGCCUAGGAAACGAUUAUCACUACGCUUCGGUAGCUGUUGAAGGACCUCCAGAUCCUCCGGCUGGCAGACCUAUUGUUUCGGUGUCUGAGACCAGUGCAGACGUGACCUGGUCUAGUCCGGCUUAUGACGGUGGUUGCAUGGUCACCGGUUAUAGCGUAGAAGUUCGAUCUUUCAACCAGACCCAGUGGAAAUUAGUAGCCGACAAGUGUCAUUCUUUAUCUCAUAUAGUCCGAGGUCUGGCGCCCGGUGAAUCGUACGUUUUCAGAGUACGAGCUGAAAACAUGCAUGGAUCGAGCGAAGCCAGUUUGGAAUCGGUGCCAGUGUACAUACUACAAACCGAUUAUGGUAAUACUGUGGUACCGAAAAAAGUUACCAUUGAAAGCGGAGAAUUGUUUAGCAGCCAAUAUGAAGUUUUAGAUGAAUUGGGAAAAGGUCGGUACGGUGUGGUGCAUAAGAUAAAAGACCGCGAAUCGGGCAAGUAUCUAGCAGCCAAAUUCGUUAGGUGCAUCAAAGCCAAAGAUAAAGAAAAAGCACAAGAAGAAGUUGACAUUAUGAACUGCUUGAGGCAUCCUAAAUUGUUACAGCUUGAGGCGGCUUUCGAGAAUCCGCGAGAAGUUGUUAUGGUUAUCGAAUAUAUUUCCGGUGGAGAGCUGUUUGAACGUGUAGUAGCCGAUGACUUCACGUUAACGGAAAAGGACUGCAUUCUUUUCACAAGACAAAUAUGCGAAGGAGUCGACUAUAUGCAUAGACAAAAUGUCGUUCAUUUGGACUUGAAACCCGAGAACAUAAUGUGCCAAUCGAGAACUUCCCAUCAAAUAAAAUUAAUCGACUUUGGACUUGCGCAAAAAAUUCAACCCGACAAACCUAUUCGAGUACUUUUCGGUACGCCAGAGUUUAUACCACCCGAAAUCAUCAGCUAUGAACCAAUCGGUUUGGAAUCUGAUAUGUGGUCUGUUGGUGUUAUUUGUUAUGUUCUUUUAUCUGGCCUCUCUCCAUUUAUGGGCGACAGCGACGCUGAAACGUUUACUAACAUAACCAAAGCAGAAUUCGACUUUGACGAUGAAGCUUUUGACGCCAUCUCACAAGACUCGAAAGAUUUCAUAAGUUCACUAUUGAUCAAAAGAAAAGAAAAAAGACUUACUGCUAAAGAAUGUUUGAAACACAAAUGGCUAGCACAGCAAGAUAUGGACAUGCGAUGUACUAUACUAUGUACUGAUAAACUAAAAAAAUUUAUCAUUAGACGAAAAUGGCAGAAAACUGGUAAUGCUAUUCGAGCACUCGGUAGGAUGGCUACGUUGUCGGCAGCUAGUAAACGUGGAGGUGGAAGCGGUAAUGGUAGCAUUUUACAAAACUUUAAAAUGGCGAGUUUAAGUGAAGAAGAUUCUGGCGGUGAAACUCCUCCGCAGUCUUUAAUACGUGUCACCGCUUCCCCUGCCUAUAGCGUAGACGCUGAAGAUCUACCUCCCCAUGCACCAGUGGUGUUACCGACCGUGUCUCCGAAAUAUACUAAAACAUGUGACGCACGUAGUGACAGUGGCAUAAGCGAUUGUUCCUCGCUCACUGGGCCACCGUCACUACCGAAGUUUGCCCCCGACGAUAGCCAUUCCAUUCGGGAAGAGACUCCUUCGGUAGACAAUGUGAUAUCCAACCUUAACUGUGUGAAAAUGUCCUCAGGUGACGUUACCAAAAGUAGCAUUAAAACAAAGGAGAAUAGGAUGAUUUUCGAAAAAUUAUCAAAAACAUCAGAAUGUAAAUCCAAAGAUGUUAGAAAAGAACCCAUUCGCCUACAGACUACAGAUAACUUCAAAAAGGCAAUAGCGUUUUGGAAACAGUGACGUUACAGCACUAUUAUUAUACUUAAAAAAUGAAAAAUAUUUAAUUAUUAUUACAAGUGUGUAUAUUUUUAAUUGAUUACAACACAUUAUUUACAGAUAAUUGUAUAUUAUAGAAAGUAUUGCCAAAGCUUAGAUUCUAAAAUUUUGAUAGUGUAUAUAUUUAUAUAUAUAAAAUUUUUACAUGUUGUUAAGUGUAUCUAAAAAUAAUUAAUAUACAGAAACCUUAUUCAAGUUUUAUUUAACAUCAUUCAACUUGAU